GUCCCCCCAUAUGUUUUCUUCUUCAUGUGCUGCGCCUCCUACCGCAUCCAUUCCAUCUUUGUCCUGCGGCUCUUUAAUGACCCCAUCGCCAUGGCCAUCCUCUUCCUCGCCAUCAACCUCUUCCGGGAGGAGCGCUGGUCCUGGGGCUGCCUCCUCUUCAGCCUGGCUGUGUCCGUGAAGAUGAACAUCCUGCUCUUCGCACCUGGACUUCUCUUCCUCCUCCUCCAACGGUUUGGUCUGCUGGGCUGUAUCCCCAAGCUCUGCAUCUGUGCCCUGCUCCAGGUGAUUCUGGGGCUGCCCUUCCUGCUGGUGAAUCCCGUGGGGUACCUGACCCGCUCCUUCGACCUGGGCCGCCAGUUCCAGUUCAAAUGGACAGCUUUCCAUGCCGCGCUGCUCCUGGCUCACCUGGCUGGCCUGGGGCUCUUUGUACUGCACCGGUGGCACAGGAUACGGUUCUACGUCUGGUAUUUCCACACGCUGCCCUACUUACUCUGGUGCACCCCUACUGCCAAGCUUGCCCACAUGCCCAAGGUGCUGCUGCUGGGCGUGAUCGAGCUCUGCUGGAACACCUACCCCUCCACGGUCUGCAGCUCCCUCUCUCUCCACAUCUGCCACGGACUUGUCCUGCUCCAGCUCUGGUAUGGCACAGCCCCCCCGCCGGCGCCGCACACCCCCCAGCCGAGCAGGAGGCCCGCAGCCAUCUCCAAGAAGGCCCAGUGA